AUGGCACCCGUCGAUAGUGUAGAUCACAAUGGCCUCGAGCAACAACUCAAGGACAUCAUCCAAGAUCUAUACCAGGUAAUGGUCCAGGUAUCAACCUACGAUUCAGCCGGUCGACCAAGCCGAGAAGUUCUCGCCAACGAAAUAAAAACCCUCUCUCGAGAUCUCCAAACUCUUCACAAGACAGCCACCCCGCCCAACCCCUCGGCCGAUAACCUACCUUUCGUCCCUCCAGAGCUGCUAGAGUACGUCGAGAACGGUCGCAACCCAGACAUCUACACUCGAGAGUUUGUCGAGCUGGUCCGCCGGGGCAAUCAGCUCAUGAGGGGAAAGGCCCACGCCUUCGCUUCCUUCCGCGACAUCCUCGCCGCUGAUAUGGUCUCCGCCAUGCCCGAGCUUCGCCACGACGUCAGGAUGGUCUGCCACGCUACAGGGGGCCCCGACCCCGUCCCGUCCGUCGUCGGUGCUCCCGUCUCGUCAGAUGCUCCCGGUACGGCUUCGUCUUCUGCUGCCGCCACGGCGGAUGCUGGCGCUGGCGUUGGCGUUGCUCCCACACAGCAGCAGCAGCAGCAGCAGCAGCAGCAGCAGCAAACGACAGAGACUGGUAGUACCGUCACACCUGCCCCUGGUAAAGCUACGACGCAGUAA